AUGCAUUGCGGUUCCAAGAUGGCGGCGCCCAGUGAGCGUAGAGGAAACCCGGCUUCUGGCCCGGCUGCCGGCCCCGGCCCUUUCCCUUUCCCCCUGCCCGGGCCGCCCGGCGCCGGGGCGGAGCAGCAGCCCAGGAAGAAGCCGUGCCGGGCCUGCACGGAUUUCAGGAGCUGGAUCCGGGAGCAACGGAAGCAGACGGCCUCGCAGAGCGGGGAAGCAUAUGUUGAAGAGGAGAAGGAGAAGCCUCCAGAUUGUCCUCUAGACAGAGAAGAACUUGGGAGAAGCACAUGGUCUUUCCUUCACACUAUGGCAGCAUAUUACCCAGAUCACCCAAGCAAUUCCCAGCAGCAAGAUAUGACACAGUUCAUUAACUUAUUUUCCAAGUUUUUCCCUUGUGAUGAAUGUGCAGAAGAUCUGAGGGAAAGAUUACGCACAAGUCAGCCUGAUGCCAGAAGCAGGAAUAAUUUAUCCCAGUGGCUAUGCCUGCUUCAUAAUGACAUCAACAGGAAGUUGGGGAAGUCUGAAUUCGACUGCUCCCGGGUGGAUGAACGCUGGCGAGAUGGUUGGAAAGAUGGUUCCUGUGAUUAAUCUGUAGAGACUCUACAGGAAAUCAGACCAAUUCUAGUAUAAUAAGAAUCAUCCCUGAUGUGAACUCAGUACAAAGAGAUGCAGCUCAAUAGUUUGUACAUGUGGCUGACAUGACUUGUGGAAAUAAAUGUUUCUCCUGCUCUAAAAGGCAACUCAGAGAUCUCAUCCCAACAGAAUAUUGUUUUAGGGGGUAACUAAUAUAUGGUCAUGUAGCUGCUGGGACUGGGACCAUACAUGUGCCACAGGAACUGCCAGAAACUUGCAAAACUCUGUCACUGGGACAGUUCACAGUAAGGAAAAGUCUCUCAAUUUCUAUAGUUCUAGGGGCACCUCGUGACUGCUGCUCCUUUCACUUUUUACAUAGUCUUAGCCUCCUCCUCUUCUACAUUUUUGUUUAUCUGCAAACAUUGCCUUCAAGUUUUAGGCAGUGCCUUUCUUCCUCUGUGUCACUUCAGCCUGUUCUGCUGGUCUUACAACUGGCACCCCAAUACAAAUCCAUAAGUCUGCUCCAUUCUGUGCCUUCCGUGUCAUCCUUGAUCUCUUCUUCCAAAGUCUAUGAGCUGUUGUCUGUUAAUGCUAUUUAACCAUUAAUUCACCUGCCGCCCACUUACUUGCUAAAAGGCCUCAAGGCAGGGAGAUUUUAUUUAAACAUUACAAAUCAUGGAAUCCAGGUCUCUCAUUCCAGCCAUGAUAAAUAUCCUCAUUUUGUAUGUUCCUUUGUCUAAUCUUUCAAGAGGGCAUUGCAGGAAGAAAAAAAGAAAGAAGCACAAAAACCUCAAGUAGAACAAAUGGCACAAAUUAAUUAGCUGGAUAUUAAACAUUGUGAUUUGAUUGCUAAUUGUUUGGGCUCAUUGGGAGCAUGAUGUAAGAAUUCCCAUGGAACCACCUGCUUUUAACAUAUUUAUUUUUAAUCUCUGCCGUGAACUUUUGUUGUGUGUAGAAGUGGUUGCAAUGAUGUGUGAGUGUGUGUUAUCUGGUUGUAAUGAAGCCAAUUCAGAUAAGUUUUACAUAUAAGAGUGGUAAAAUACUGUCUGUGUUCUGAAAUCCUUGAUAGAUAAUCACAGACUGGACUGGUCUGUAUGCUCCUAAGGUGAAAUUCUCUCUUGGGUAGGCCCUUUGCUCUAAGUUCUAUGCAGCAUUUGAAUCCCACUUGUCUUGUGUUAGUCUUAAAUAAUACCUAGGCCCUGCAUUGUGGACUUAAAGUGGUGCAUGGUGUGAAAUUCACCCCUAUUAACUGGUCAAGUUCCAUACUGUGUAUUGGGCCGCUAGGUCCGCACUCUGUGUGUGUGUGUGUGUGUGUGUGUGUGUGAUGGUGGUGAGAGAGAAUUUCAGAUGAACGUGAAAUAAAAACCGCUUGUUUAAAAUACUUUAGUUGCUUUGCUGGACUUUGUCUAUGUAGACAGAUUUAAAUUGUUAGAAUUAUUGCAAGAUAUUAAAGAUAUAGCAUGCAGUCUUUUUUCCUUAAAUUUAUACGGAUUUCUGGGUCCCAAAUGGUCAUGUGACAUUGUGUGACAUGUGACAGUAUCUUCUGGGUCUCUAUUUUCUGCUGAUGUUUUAAAACUAUUUGGGGUUUUUUGGUGAGCAUCCUAAGUGUGUCGUCUCCUGAGCUAUUUCAACAUAAGCAGUGAUUUAUGGAAGUAGAUAGAGGGUGGCAUGGAAAUUGUAAUGGGUGGCAUCUCUGUAAGUGAACAGGGCGCUAAUACCUCCUGUUAGCAAACAUCUGAUCCCGAGACUAUGGUACCAAGGGCUCCUUGGAGAACAUAUAAACAAUCAAAGCUUUGAGAAAGUGUUCAGAUGAUUUGACCCUCUAUUACCCUUUCAAGCCAAACCUGUUAAAACAAUACCAUACUGUGUUUUUUUCCGAGUUAGUUGCAUUCAGCAGGUGGUGUAUUUUAUCUCACUGUCUGCAAUAUUGAUCCUAUGUAUAACCUUUCAUUCUAAUUAAACUGAAGCUUGAUUUCAUAUCAUUUUUAUGAUUUAACUGAAUUGGGACUUCAGGACAUGAUUCAGGUUAUUAA